AUGCCGCUUUCCGAGCGUGUCCUGCACUGCCAGGAGCCUGCGGCGUCGCAUGAGAGCCUCUGCCUCGAAUGGGCCUUUGGCCUGCACAAAGACUUUAGGUCCGUUAUUCACAACCUCAGCUCCUCCGCCACGGAGCGGGUGGUGUUCUACACCAUUGGACAUAUUGGCAUCAUCUACGAUGCGGUGCGGAACACCCAGCGUCACCUGAUGGGUCACCGCCACACCAUCGUGGCCUCCGCGUGCAGCCGCAGCCGCCGCUUCAUCGUGACGGCGGACAACGGCUCGAGCGAGGCGACUAAGUCCGCCUGGGGCGAGGCGAGCGGGUCGCCCGGCACCCUGCCGCCGCGGCCGGGGAGCACCGCCGGUGCGGAGCGGCAUGACCCGCGGGGCGCGCAUAGCGUUGGGUACGACAGCUCUCUGAUGAUCAUCUGGGACACGCAGACGUGCAUUCCGGUGCGCACGAUCCCGACAGGCCUCUACGGCGGGGUCACGGCGUGUGCCAUGAGUCUGGACGGCAUGUAUGUCGCGACCCUGAAUCGCCGCAUCCCGCAGGAGAUUAUGCUCUGGGGGUGGACCUCGGAGACGGAGAUUGACGACGGCCGCGGCGUCACCGAGAGCGUCAUGGACGAACUCGCGUUGGCCAACAACAUCGUGCCGGAGUACCGCCGCUUGAUCCCGGCCCAGGACGAGCAAACCUCCAUUCGCUUCUCAGAGGAUGAUCCCCACCUCUUGGUGACGAAUGGGCUGCGUCGCGUGCUCUUCUGGUCCUGGGCGGAGCACGAGCUGAAGUACUACUCCCCGCCUAUUCUAGCAAAGAACCUGAAGGUGUCGGUUGGGAACUUUACACAAACGAUAUUUGUGCCUGGCACCAGCAUGGCCUGCAGCGGAACGGUCGACGGGGAUGUGAUUCUGUGGGAGGUGCAGCCGCGUGACCGGGUCACGAAGGAGCAGGACAAGACGAUGCUGAAGAUGGUGCGGAUCCACUCCGCCGGGGUCUCGUUUCUGGCGUGGUCGAGCGGCUACAUUGUCUCCGGCGGCAUGGAAGGGCACGUCAAGUUUCUCGACCCGAAGCUGCGCCUGGUGGCGUGGUUUGAGGACCUCAACGGCGGGGCGGUGACGUCGAUCAGCUUCGACCGCCCCGCCAUCGUCGCCCCGCUGGCGAUGGACGAGCUGCGCAGAGAGUUCAAGGCAACCACACAGAAAAAGGCGGCAAUUGGUAGAACCAUCGCCGUGGAGGAAUUCUCGGCGCCCGACUUUAUGAUCUCCACAGCCCAUGCCAUGAUUGUUGAUGUGGCGAGUAAGGCCUUCCAUGCCGGAAAUCCCGAGCUGCUGCGUGGCAAGCUUAUCGUGCAGGGGCAGGAAAAGGGUAUUCACUGCAUUGCGGCUCACCCAAAGCUCGCACACAUUGCCGUGGCAGGGCAUAGCGGCCACGUACAUGUGUGGGACUACGUCUCGAGACGGGUGCUGGUUCUCAGUAUCUUUCAAGGCGUACAAGUUAGUUGCAUGGCGUACGACCCAGAGGGGGACUACCUCGCCAUUGGCUGCAGCCACGGCGUUGUGAAGUUUCUUGACGCCAACACGCUGGAGGAGCGGAAGACGAUUAAGCCCAAGCGGCCUGACUGUGUCACACGCAUGCUCUUCUCAGACGCCGGCAAUCGACUCGCCACGGGGGACGUCGCCGGGUGUGUAAGCCUGUACGAAUUCAAUCACCCGCAGGGCAACACGGCGAAGCCGAUGGAGUGGGACAUCGUGGGCAGGCACAAGACGCACCGGGGAGCCAUUUCUGGGCUCCAGUUCGGCGACGACGGCGGCCUCCCACGCCUCCUCUCCGUGGGGGAGGACAAACGACUUGUAGAGUACGACCUGAUUGACUCCGAGCCGGAGUCGGGCUUGCUUGUGCGGACGGCGCACAAAAUUACGCAGGGCGCCUCCCCCACCGGGUUUCUUUGGGUGCGAGAGGACGGUGUUGUGAACGACAUGAAACGCCGCCCGCAGGGCGCGGAAGCCGUCAUCGAUGAUCUCCUCCUUGUGUCGACAAAUGACUACAAAAUCACGGUGUUUUUAAGCGAUUGGAGCCGUCAAUGCAUCAAAUCCGUGCUCUCACCAACGUUUGGGGGUCCUGUGGCGGAGAUGUUUACGGUGCCCUCGCUUCCAGGGAGUGGACGCACGUGCCUCUUCUACGCCACCCGCGAGAAGGUGAUUGGCCUGGUACAGCUGCCUCUGCUCGGCGAUCCAUGCAUGUCGACGGGCCUCGUGGCGCACCCGGGCACGAUUACCAGCGUGGCACGGUCGUACGACGGCGCCUUCGUCUUCACCGCCGGCGGCGAUGACCAGUCGGUGAUGCAGUGGCGCGUGAACGGGGAGAAGAUUGUGGCCGCCUCCAACGCGGCACCGGCGGAGGCGGCCCCCACGGAGGCGGCUGACGAGGUCCCGCUGGAUCACCUCAUCGCCGCCGUCGAGGGGGGGCGUGAGGGGCAGUUCAUGCGCGAGAUUGUGGACUACUUCUACUACGCCCAGAUCCGACUUCAGGGGGAGGAGACGACGGCGAAGCGUGAGUUGCUGGGGGCGGUUCCCUUCUCGCAGCUCCCGAACCUCUUCCGCGCCCUCGGCUACUACCCCUCCGAGCUUGAGAUUGGCCGCCUGACGUACGAGGUGGCAAACAUUUACGGCCCGGAGGAUGAGCCGGUGGAGGAGUGUGACGUGGGGAGCAUCCCGCUCAAGUUCUCGCAGUUUAUGCGCCUGUACGUGAACUACCGCCCCAUUUACGGUGUCUCACGCCAAGACAUUGAGGCCGCCUUCCUGGCGCUCGGGGCGGACGCGGAGACCGGGCAAAUCGCAAGGGAUGUCCUCUUUAAGCUGCUGGGCACUCAUGGUGAGCCGCUGCAGCCGGAGGAGAUUUCAGCGGCUCUGCGCUCGCUGCUGGGCGAAGGAGUGCGGCUCGACAUGCUCGAGGACACCAUCACUGCCCGCGCCUUUGCGGAGAAUCUGCUGGGAUUUGAGGACUACGACGCCUUGGGCACGGACGGUAAAGUGCCGGAGGAGAUGCCGGACAAUACCGAAGAGGAAACGCUGAUGGGUGACUAG